AUGGCGGUCUGUGCCGGAUGGCGACUCGGUGUGGUGCGUGCGCUGUUGGCUGUGGCCAUUGUGUGCAGCCUACGUGCCGCUGCCGUCACGACUGCGGAGUCGUCGCUGUCGAGCCCUAUUGUGUGCACGUGUCGCUGCUGCUACCAGGGUGGGUGCAGUCCGCUCACGAAUGUGUCGUGGACCGUCAGCUCAUGCAACGAGUGCUCUACCAAGAUGUGCAAUGACUACAUUUCUAGCCAGCAGGUGCGCGCAGAUACGGCGCGCCUCUUCGAGGGGAUUCAGGGUGAAAGGCCCUUGAGCGACACCGUUGUGGUGCAGGAGUGCGAAGUGAUUGCCGUGCUGGAGGCGGCCACGUGCACGAUGAAGAGCUGCAAGCGGACGUCAACCAUCAAGGCGGAGUGCUACGAUCGCAACGCGCCUCUGAUCAAGUACUCCAUCAUUUCGUUUGUGCUACUCACCAUCUUCGCUGUCAUCUUAGGUAUCAUCAAGAACUACAUUCCCGCCUUCCAGUCCCUGAAUGAGAAGUACUUCAACUACUGA